AUGUCUAUCCACGCCAACGGAAAGACCCCAGUUCACGCGUUCAGUCAAUCGCCCUUUCGCUCUCGCAGCGAUUUCCAGAAUGCCUGCCAGGCCUUUCUGGACCCUCUGAUUCCCCACUUCACCCCCGGGGGCAGUCGCGUGAAGAUUGGGACCUCGACGACUCGGUUCGACGAAGGGGGCGCCCAGAUCGAGGGCUUUGCGCGACCUCUCUGGGGGUUGGCCGCUCUCCUGGGAGGAGGAUACCAGUAUGCAGAGGCAGCGCGCUGGCGCCAGGGCUUCAUCAAUGGCACGGAUCCGCAGAGUCCCGAGUUUUGGGGCGCGAUCGAGGAUUCCGAUCAGCGCAUGGUGGAAAUGUGUCCCAUCGGCUUCACCCUCGCCGUGGCUCCUCAUGAGUUCUGGGACCCAUUGACCGAGCAGCAGAAGGAGAAUGUUGCCAAUUGGCUGGCCAGUAUUAAUGAUAAGGAGAUGCCCAAUACGAACUGGCUAUGGUUUCGAGUCUUCGCCAACCUCGGUCUUCGAAGGAAUGGCGCGCCCUACUCUCUGGCACGCAUUGAAGCGGACAUGGAUCACUUGGACACCUUCCACGUGGGAGGAGGCUGGAGCAAUGACGGCCCCAAGAGCCAUCACCAGAUGGACUACUACUCGGGCUCGUUUGCCAUUCAGUUCUUGCAGCUGCUGUAUGCCAAACUGGCAGCGGAUUUUGACCAACCGCGGGCUGAGAGGUACAAGGAGCGCGCCAGGCAAUUCGCCCAAGAUUUCGUGCAUUACUUUGACCCCGACGGCAGUGCCAUCCCCUUCGGACGAUCGAUGACAUACCGGUUUGCCAUGGCUGGGUUCUGGGGUGCGCUUGGUUUCGCAGAUGUCGAGCUCCCGGCUCCGCUGACCUGGGGGAUGGUCAAAGGUCUGCUGCUGCGACACUUUCGCUGGUGGGCGACCCAAGGAGACAUUUUCAACAGCGAUGGCACCCUCAAUCUGGGGUACUCAUACGCCAAUAUGUACCUGACGGAGAACUACAACUCCCCCGGCUCGCCAUACUGGUGCUGCUUGUCCUUCGUGCCUCUCGUCCUCCCCGAAUCGCAUCCAUUCUGGACCGCCCAGGAAGAACCAUAUCCCAGCGCCUCCCUUCCGGCUGUUGCAGCUCUGGAGUAUCCCAAGCACAUUGUCGUCCACCGAGGCGGGCAUUCCUUUUUGCUUUCGUCCGGGCAAGCCUGCCACUAUCCCCUGAAAGCGACGCAAGCCAAGUACGGCAAAUUCGCCUACAGUGCAUCCUUCGGAUACUCCGUGCCCACCGGUGGGUAUCAACUCGAACAGCAUGCGCCCGACAGUAUGCUAGCCCUAUCCGAGGACGGCGGCGAUAUAUGGCAGACCAGACGGCUCGCCCUGAACGCUCGCAUUGAACGACGAGGCGACCUUCCCAUUCUCGUGUCGGACUGGAAGCCUUGGCCAGACGUUGAGGUUGAGACCUUCCUGAUCCCGCCGUCCGAGGGGAGCGACAAUUGGCAUCUUCGCGCCCAUCGCGUCCGCACGGGGAGAGCGCUCAUGACUUCCGAGGGUGCUUUCGCGAUCUAUGGAUGCCGCAGCGACAACGGGCGCAUCCUGGGGCCAUUGGGCGAACAGUCGUCGGAGGGAACCCUCCACGAGUCGCAACGAGCCCUCACGGUCUCUGCGGCCGGAGCCGUUGGGAUUGUCGAGCUCCAGGCCCAUGUAGAAAGAGCCGGACGAAUCGUGCUGGCCGAUCCCAACUCGAAUCUUCUUCACGGUCGUACGUUGCUCCCUUCCUUGGGAGCCGACCUGACGGCGGGGACUGAGCGCUGGUUCGUGAGCGCAGUGUUCGCCAUGCCGGUCAAUGAACAGAAUACGACCGGAUGGCAAGAAGGAUGGAACAGACCACCGGUCAUUCCGGAGUGGUUGGUCCAGCAGAUGACGGUCGGAUAAAGCGAGGCAUGGGCUGUUGGGUUUCCGGGGGAGAGUGGCUUGUUUUGCCAAUGCGCUGGACGGGGAAAUAAUAGUGUAUCUCUAUAGCGAAGAAAUCGAAAC